UCUAGGGGAAGACUAGUGGAACAAGAUGGCUGAUGUGGGACCAGAAGAGAGUUUUAUCUUCUUUGUAACAAAAUAACGGAGGACAAAAGCAUCCGGAAAUACUGUGGAAUUGAUCCUUUAUUCAGUAGGCGUGUAGUUAAAUGUGUUUUUUCUUUGUAAGUGGUAUUUUUCCUUACAAAAACCUGAGGGAAGUUGUUGUUUUUUUUUUUUUUGGACAUUUUCGUCAUAUUCUUAUUUUUUUUGCGGAUUUCUGAUUAAAUAGUAAAAGAACGAUAUUUUGUAAUAUUUUAUAACAUAUCAAGUGAUUUAACAAGGCUGUGUUGAAAGGUAUAUAGCAUACUUUCUUUAAAAAAAAAAAAAAAGAAAUGAGCUCUAGUCGAAACCGUUGUCAAGCAGCCAGAACCCCGAGCAACGCGCAUGCGCAGAAACAGCCGCCGGUUGAAGGGCUCGAGAUGGAGAGGAUGGAGCCGCAGGGAGAAGUGGGGCUCGGGGUCCCCGAAGAUCAGCCUUCUCCAUCAUCUAACCCCGGCUCCAGACAGGCGUGGAGCCGAGACAACCCGGGAUUCGAGCCUGAAGAGGGUAUGGAGGCGAACUGGAGCCCGGGACGGAGAUCCUUAUCUGACACUUCGAGCAGCGGCAGCAGCGGACUGGGGAGUUUUCCCAGCGGGAGCAACGCGGGCCUCCACCGGGGACUUUACCCGACUCCAUCCGCUGAUGGACUUCAUCACCAGCCGCCAAGCUGGGUAGUGAAGAUCCUGGAGAAAAUCAGACUUCUGUGGGGCACACGUCACCUGGAGGAGAGGGACAGCAGCAGAGAGAUGUACCUGAAGAAUGUCCUCAGAGAGAUGAUAACCUACGUGCUUUUUCUCAUCACCUUAUGCAUCUUAACAUACGGGAUAGUGAGCACUAACAUGUACUACUACACCAAAGUCAUGUCUCAGCUCUUCCUGGACACGCCACUGUCAAGCGGCGAGACCACCACCUUCAGGAGCCUCUCCACCAUGGAGGACUUCUGGAAAUACACAGAGGGGCCUUUCCUAAACGGGAUGUACUGGGAAGUGUGGUACAACAACAAGAGCCUGCCGGAGAACCAGAGCCUCAUCUAUUAUGAGAACCUGCUGUUGGGAGUCCCGCGCCUGCGUCAGGUCAAAGUCCUCAACGAGUCUUGUCCUGUUCACGAGGAGCUGAAGGACGAAGUGUACGACUGCUACGGCGUUUACGCAGCCGCCUACGAGGACAAGAAGUCGUUUGGACUGAAAAAUGGCACAGCGUGGGUGUACGCUGAGGAAAUCAGCCUCGGGGAAAGCAGCUACUCGGGUGAAGUGGGCACAUAUCGAGGAGGAGGUUUCUAUCAGGAUCUGUCUCGCACCAGGGACGAGUCCGACAGACAGCUGCAGGAGCUGAAGGCCAACCUGUGGCUGGAUCGAGGCACCAGAGCCGUGUUCCUCGACUUUUCCGUUUACAACGGCAACAUCAACCUCUUCUGCAUCAUCAGAUUGCUGGUGGAGUUUCCAGCCACAGGGGGCGCUGUGACCUCAUGGCAGUUCCAGACUGUGCGUUUGAUGCGCUAUGUGUCCAGCUGGGACCACUUUGUGGGGCUGUGCGAGGUCAUCUUCUGCUUCUUCGUUCUGUAUUACCUGGUGGAGGAGGUGCUGGAGAUCCGCCUGCACCGCCUGCGCUACUUCAAAAGCUUGUGGAACUGCCUGGAUGUGCUCAUAGUAACGCUAAGCGUGCCUGCCAUCAUCAUGAACAUCUACAGGACCUCAGCAGUCAACAGCAGGCUGAAGUUCCUGCUGGAAAACCACAACACUUACCCGAACUUCGGUCCUCUCGCUCGGCUGCAGGUUCAGUUCAACAAUCUGGCCGCCAUCAUCGUCUUUCUCGCCUGGGUCAAACUAUUUAAGUUUGUCAACUUUAAUAAGACCAUGAGCCAGCUGUCCACCACAGUGUCCCGGUGUGCUAAAGACCUGCUGGGAUUUGCCAUCAUGUUCUUCAUCGUGUUUCUGGCAUACGCACAGCUGGCAUACCUAGUGUUCGGGACACAACUCAACGACUUCAGUACCUUCCAAGCCUGCAUUUUCACACAGUUCCGGAUCAUUCUAGGAGACUUCGACUUCUCAGAGAUCGAAGAGUCCGACAAAGUCCUGGGGCCGAUUUACUUCACCACCUUUGUUUUCUUCAUGUUCAUGAUUCUGUUGAACAUGUUCUUAGCCAUCAUCAAUGACACUUACUCAGAGGUGAAGGCUGACAUGGCACAGCAAAGAUCUGAAAUGGAGAUUACUGACCUCAUUAAAAAGGGCUACCACAAGGCCAUGGUGAAACUGAGGCUGAGGAAGACUGCGGUGGAUGACAUAUCUGAUAGCCUUCGUCAGGCAGGAGGGAAACUCAACUUCGACGAGCUCCGGCAGGACUUGCGAGGAAAGGGACACUCGGACGCCGAGAUCGAAGCCAUUUUCGCCAAAUACGAUCUGGAUGGAGACCAGGAGCUCACUGAGCAUGAACACCAGCAGAUGAGGGAUGACCUGGAGAAAGAGAGAGAGGACUUGGAUUUGGAGCGCAGUUCGCUGCCCAGGCCUCUGAGCGGGCGGAGCUUUUCCCGUAGCCAGGAUGACUCGGAGGAGGAUGACGACGAGGACAGUGGACACAGUUCUCGUCGCCGUGGCAGCAGCUCUGGGGGUGUGUCCUACGAGGAGUUUCAAGUCGUGGUGCGGAGGGUGGACCGUAUGGAACACUCGAUUGGUAGUAUCGUGUCCAAGAUCGAUGCGGUCAUCGUAAAGCUGGAGGCCAUGGAACGAGCCAAGCUGAAGAGGAGAGAGGUCCUUAGCAGGCUGCUGGAUGGUAUCAUGGAGGAUGAAAGGAUGGGAAGGGAUACAGAGGUCCACAGGGAGCAGAUGGAGCGCCUGGUGCGAGAUGAGCUUGAGCGCUGGGAGUCAGACGACGCCAUCUCUCAGGUCAGCCAUCAACACGUUACUCCGGUCGGUGCAGGAGCGCAGCCCCGCCCACGCAGCACUCGCCCCUCCUCCUCGCUGUCCACUGAGGGUCCAGACACCGGAAGCAAUGGAUCUGGACAUGUUUAAGACCUCUCCAACAGCUCCUGUGGCCUUAUUAUGUAUUCAAGCACUAAAUGAUCACCUUAUGUCCGUAUCACAGUACACUAGCUAUAUAAUCGAUUAUUAAACUGGAGUGUAUUCUGAUCAUUAAUCAAGGUACAUCGGAACAAUCUUUAAUCGGCUUUACUCCAUGUACUAAGCAAAAUAGGUCUAGGUUUAUGCAUAAAGCUCAUUUUUGGUUUGUAUAUAUUUAAAUAAGUAAUUUACUUCUUAUGUUAAUGAGGUCAUUGUACAAUGAAGGCAUCGUGUGUGAAACGAUUUAAUAACACUCUUCUAUCCUGCCACAGACAGAAUGUAAAUUACAUGUAAAUUACAAGUAAAAAUUCUGUUUACUUUCUUAAACAGAAAGUCGGUAAUCAGUAAUGUUCUGUAUUUCCUUUUAUUUCUUUACCUUCAGUGAUUAGUUAUUUACAAAACGUCCCUAGUAUUUAGCUCAGUUAAAAAAAAUCCUUCUUUCCUACACCGAGAAUAAGAAUCACAUACGUAUACAUGGACAGAACAAAAGUCUGCCUUUAAAAUAAAACUGACUUUUAGGUCAAAUUAAUAGGAAUUUUCAUGCAGAUUAUUUCUGAACGAAAACAACUCGAACACAGAAUAAGAUUAAAUGGCUUUGUAUUCACUACAUAUCCUCACUACAUAGGGUUUAAAGCAAUGACAUUGUAGUGCACUAUAGCAUUCGAAAAGCCAGUAAGUGCCUGAAAUAUUUAUUUUAUAUGUAUAUUUGAUCAGCUAGGGGGGACACGGUGGCUUAGUGAUUAGCACGUUCGCCUCACACCUCCAGGGUUGGGGUUCGAUUCCCGCCUCCACCUUGUGUGUGUGGAGUUUGCAUGUUCUCCCCGUGCCUCCGAGGUAGUUCGGAUAAGCGGUAGAAGAUGAAUGAAUUUGAUCAGCUAAUUAUACAAAUAUACGAAAAAUCCAUGUCAGAAUUGGAAUCAAUUUUUUCCAAAUCCUUUUCUCACGCAAAGUUAAUUUAUUCGAAACAUUUAGAAAACAUGUAGGGGGCACGGUGGCUUAGUGGUUAGCAUGUUCGCCUCACACCUCCAGGGUUUGGGGUUCGAUUCCUGCCUCCACCUUGUGUGUGUGGAGUUUGCAUGUUCUCCCCAUGCCUCUGGGUACUCCCCUGGUCCAAAGACAUGCAUGGUAGGUUGAUUGGCAUCUCUGGAAAAUUGUCCGUAGUGUGUGAUUGCGUGAGUGAAUGAGAGUGUGUGUGUGUGCCCUGCGAUGGGUUGGCACUCCGUCCAGGGUGUAUCCUGCCUUGAUGCCCGAUGACGCCUGAGAUAGGCACAGGCUCCCCGUGACCCGAGGUAGUUCGGAUAAGCGGUAGAAGAUGAGUGAAUGAAUAAAUGAAUUUAGAAAACAUCAGAUACAUCAUAUAAAGGUUCAAUAUCAAACAUUUAAGCGCACAUUUAUCAUUUCUCCAUUUAGUUACUAAUUUAAGUGAAUGCAUUAUACAAUAAAAAAAAGUCCUUCUUUUAAUCAUUUAACUUUUUUUUUUUUUUAAUAUAGGGACUCAGUAUGUUGUAUUUAAUAAAGUAUUUUGUACUUUGGUUUGUAAUUAAAACACAAGGAUUUUGGUUAUUAAAAGAGGUUUAAGUCACACAUUUGUAGUUACUUUUAGCUAAUAGAGUUGCUCGAGCAUCAUGCUUUGUUAUGUAAACCUAUACCAGGUGAUGUAUUACUUAUUAAUGUCACUUUUAAAAAAUGAUUUUUUUUUUAUUUUAUACGUGUUGUAACUUUUAAACAAACUUCGAUUCGGAGUGCAUCUGCUUUCAUGGGAAGCUUAUCGUGUGCUUGUUUGACUCGUACAGCUGAAGUUUGCAAAGCUUUUCGCUGAUAUUAGUUUUGCCUCACCACAGAAGAUAUGAUGUCAGUAUCGAGAUGACGACAUCCUCAGAACUGUAUCAUCGGUACUAUUAUAAUACUGCACACCUAUUGUUCUAUUUUCAUACUAAUUUUUUUUUAUUAUCUUUACCCAAAUCUCGUAUUAGUGUCAAUACUUUUGGCAAACUGCAUAUUUUUGAUACACCUUUUCUCCACACUGCUUUUGGAUAUAUAUUUUUUUUUUGUAUAUUAUAUUCAAUUAUUAAGGCUGAUAUUCAGUAUGAUUCAGUAUGGCGCUAUAUUUUUCUGUUUGUCGACGUCUGUAGGUAUAACGUGAGCUCGUUCCAGUGAGAGCAGAACUUCUAUCAGCAAACAGCUCUGGAGAUUUGGCUCUGUAUUUCUGAAUGUUUUAAUCAGUAUUACUGUUUUAAUAUUUGCAUUGUUUGAGAAUAAAAUAUUUGCACAUUUUCACA